AUGCUUUCCGUCCUCAGUGUUCUCCGCAAGAGGACGCCUUCGUCCAACCCCUUUGGACAAGAUUCGUCGCAUGAUAAUAUGAUGAUGAACUCUUCAGGUACGAUACUGCUGCGAUCGGCAACAACAAUCAGCGAAGACAGCCGAGACGAGGACUCCCGCAGUGGUUGCGACCAGCAGCAGUCAUGGGAAGAUCCAAAUUCUCGGCUCAGUCUUCCCGAUAGGCUGCUGACGCCAGAGAUAAUGGAAACUGGUAGAGAAAAGGAGGCGCUCAGCAGAAGCCAUGAAGCUGACGAACAGUCUUAUCGUGACAACACGGAGGCCACGACGAACGAGAACAAGACCACGACUAGGGCCGUGGACGAGAACACCAACAUGAUGCAGGGAAAGAAAGGGAAACGACAUGAUAAUGUGGUAGGCAAGAUCUUGCUGCAAACUGAAGAAACAGCUAGCAAAGACACUCAGCCAAUGAACAAGAAGGAAGUUGCGAUGAACAAUCCUACUCUCUCACCUCCGAGCGUCACCGCUACCGUUAGCACUGACAAUGCGGAUGAUCUGGAAGCACCUCUGAUCACCAGGUCCUGGUCCGCACCAGAACCUGGUCAACACAAUCUACAAAUGACAAUCCAAUUCUACGGCUGUCAACUUGAUGUUCCACAGAGACUGCUGCUGAAUUCGGACUUGUCGUGCGUUUCGGACUGGAAAGAUCGAUUGUACCGAUUUGUGGAAAGUAAGGCGCGACUCGACUAUCCAGUUACCACAAGUAAUGCCCCUGGACUGGCCCUGAUGUGGAAGAUCCCCAUCAGCUGCACCAAUGCCGCCGGGAGCAAUGAAGAUAUUCUGGACCUUGGUCAGGCCAUUCAAGACUGGAUUGUUCAACCCAAAAAGGGGGCAUUAUUUGAGAUGAACAUCGACCCCAUCUCUUCAAAAGUUUACACUGACCCUGUGCUCUGGUUCCUAGUGAUAUUUCGUGGAAAUGGUUUUGACGAUCAUGAUGACAUGAAGCCGCCAUUUAACAAAGAGGCACUGCGGGGAGGGACAAGUCCAUUUGAUCAUUUUGGCAUGAAACCAUUUCCCGCCGUAGUUCACCAGAAGCAUCUCCCAUAUAUCAUACACCAGGCAAGACUUCACCCAAAUGAUCUUAGAUACCAAACAUGGGUUGAGAGAGUCUUGUAUGACCUGUCUUUGUGUGAAGUGGGGAACGACGAGCAAAUUGCAGGUGUCACCAGCAGCUAUGUUUUAGCCAUCCGCGCACUGCCAGAAAUCCAUUCGGUCCAACGACAAGGCUUUCUCAGCAUCUAUCAUGUUUGGACUUCACCAUCCUGUUCCAGCAAUAAGGAAGGUGUUGCUAAGUGUGGGGGAUCGGAUGCAUUGCUAUCAGUUAUGGAGUCAUGGAAGGAAGAUACAGACAUUCAAGAAAACGGACUUCACCUGUUUUCGACCUCUUUCCACGAAGAUAACGAACUGUGCGACUUCGUCCGAACUGACAGGGUCUUCAAUGCAGCAUUCAACGCAGUGGCAGCACAUCCAAAGGUUGAAUCCAUCCAGAGGAAUGGGCUAUCCAUCAUUGCCGCAAUCAUGAGGGGUGGUGCUGGCGUUGACGAAGCCGAGAAUAGUGCUGUUUUCGUCGCGUCUACGAUUGCAAGUUCCAUGGCUCGGUUUCGGUUUAGAGGAAGGCUCAUUUCAUCAAAUGGUUGUGAGAUUCUAUCCAUCUUGAUGACAAGAGUGGUCAAAGUCGUGCUGUCUAACAUUGCGGAUACAAACUACCAAGACAUGGGUUGCUCAUUUCUUGGCCACUUUCUAAAGCAUCCUACGCUGUCAGAGCAGUGCCUUCUUGCAGUGUUGGGGGUCUUGGAAGCGCACACAAAUAGUGGCACUCUUCAAGCCCUAGCCGAAUGCUUCCGUGUCCUGAGACAGGCUACUUGGAACAAUGCUGACACGACCAACAGAGCAAUACGUUUGUUGAGAAUAGGGGUGGCCGAACAUGCUUGCCAACCGCUGAAAUACGAUGCUUGCUACAUCGUCAGAAAACAAAUCAAGAACAAGCCUCACUUGAGCCUCCAAACAGUCAGGGAAGUGAUUGAGUUGUUGUUCACGAUCAUAAGACCGAAACCCACGACGCCUUAUGUGCAAAUGGAUGCCUGCAAAACACUUGUAGCCAUGGCAAAAAGCUAUCGCAACAUCACACCUCAUCUCAUUAGCGCUGGAGCUUUUCGCCCGGUGCUACGGCUGUUGAUGGACUAUAAGGACCAUGUCCGUGUCCUACGUGCCGUCUUCUCGGUCAUUGGCGAGCUUGUACUCACCGGCGACAUGCUCAACCAGGUGCAUCAGGCAAUGUUCAGCUCCUUUGAAACAGCGUUUGCUGCCGUGGAGUACUUUGAGACUAGCGAGACGAUUCAACAGCUUGGCUGUAGAGCUCUCAACUUGUACACGUGCCGCAUCGACGGGGUGGCCCCUGGAUACCGGUACCUCAAAUGGUUGCAUGAGACGGAAUCUAAGCAAGUCUUUUACAAGGCCAUCAUGAAAUUCCCGUUGAACCAGAUCAUCAUGGAUAAUGCUGGAAGCAUUGUGUUCCGAUUGCAAGACGUGGAGUAUGGGUGCUAUGACGAGAUCUUUGAAUCGAUUGCGGGAUUGAAGUAG